AUGUUCGCGCCGCCCGUGAACCGCGCCAUGCGGGUGCUGGACCGCAGCUUCUUCCAGAAAACGGUGCCCGCAUCCGCCGCGAGAAUCCUCCGCCCGCAGGACAUCGCGCGCUGCCGCAAGGAGCUGCAGCUCAGCAGGGACGCGCUGGCCAACAACCGCAUCCAGCCCGUGCGGCCGGACCCUGACGCAGAGCGCGCGCAGAAGGGCGGCAAGUGUCUGGUGCUGAAGCCCGAGAUUGUGCACGACGAUCGCUCGACAUGGAGCCCUAGACUGCGCGAGCUCGAGCAGGACGGCACGCUCGGCGUGAUCCCCUACGCGCUGCACCUCGACUACGACUACUUCACCUACGCGGAAAUCACGGCGGCCACAAUCCCGCCGCCCGAGAAGAAGAGCGACGACGAGAUCCCCCAGGGCUUCACCCUCGCCGGCCACGUCGCCCACCUCAACCUGCGCGAGCGCUACUGGCCCUACAAGCACCUGAUCGCCACGGUGCUGGCCGACAAGAACCCCAUGGUCAAGACGGUCAUCAACAAGCUCGACACGGUCGGCGCCGAGAACGCGUUCCGCACGUUCCAGUACGAAGUCCUCGCCGGCGAAGACGACCUCAACGUCGAGGUGCACGAGCAGGGCUGCACCUUCAAGUUUGACUUUGCCAGAGUCUACUGGAACACGCGCCUGCACACGGAGCACGAGCGCGUGUGCUCGCUCUUCGCCGAGGGCGACGCCGUGUGCGACGUGACGGCCGGCGUGGGCCCCUUUGCCGUGCCGGCCGGCAAGAAGAAGGUCUUUGUGUGGGCCAACGACCUGAAUCCGGAGAGCUACCGGAGCCUGGAGGGCAACAUCCAGCUCAACAAGGUGGGCGACUUUGUACGGGCCUUCAACAGCGACGGCACGCACUUCAUCCGCACCGCCUCGCACGGCCUGCUCGGCACCAAGCACUCGGUCGCCGUCAUGCCCAAGACCAAGUUCUCGCGCUCCAACCCGCCCAAGACGGCGCCCGCGCCGCUCAAGACGCUCAUCCAGCCGCGCAUCUUCGACCACUACAUCAUGAACCUGCCGGCCUCGGGCAUAAACUUUGUCUCGUCCUUUAUCGGUCUGUACGCCAACGUGCCCGGCGUGCCCGUCGCCGAGAUCAGAGAGCUGUUCGCGCACCGCAAGAUGCCCAUGGUGCACGUGCACUGCUUCAGCACCAAGAGCGACGACAACGUCAAGGAGAAGGAGGAGAUCUGCGCCGAGCUGAGCAGCCAGAUGGGCUACACCAUCACGCCUGACAUGGACGAGGUGGAUAUCUACGAUGUGCGCGAUGUAGCGCCCAAGAAGAGGAUGUUCUGCGCCACCUUUAGGCUGCCGGCGGAGGUUGCGUUCCGGGAGACGUGA